AGUCGUAGGGUGCCUGCGGUACCCUUAGGUUCUCCUGAUAUUUUCUGUAUCAUCCUUUGAUUGAUCAGAAAUGUCCACGCAGUGACGUUCUACAGAACUCAACCCCGUAAAUAUAAGCCAACGUACUUAUAAUUAUAAGCGAAAUGUCUCAUCAUCUGGUAACAGUAUGCAUGUUUUGCUUGCUGUGCGCUGCUCACACAUGCGGAUCGCACAUAGACAUACAAAACGAUGGUUUGCUGAAAUUCGACCCGAAUUUAGACGCUGGACAAUUAGCGAUAAUAGAAGAUAAGAGAAGAGUGGAAUCGAAAGCGAGAUACAAUCAGAAACUUCAAAAGAUAAGGCACAGAGACAGAUCGAAGAGGGAAUUGAAAAAUGUUAAUCCCAACUCGUAUGUGGAACAGAUCUUUAGAUUGUACGGUGACGCUGGGAGUAUGACUAUGAAUAUAACAGGCUUUAAUAGAAUGUUGGAGAAGUUAGAUCUGCAUAAGUUGGUAGAGGGUGGAGUUGAGAAGACUGAAAUUAUUGACUACAUCGGUCAGACUGGUGCUAGGAAAGAUAUUGUAAAUUGCGUCAGCAGCGCGGAAUUAAUAACAACAGUGAACACUAGGUUAAAACCAAAAGACGAUGGCCAUGGCCACGGACACGACCAUGGUCACGGCCACGACCAUGAUGCGACAGACCAUGAGGAAGAGCUCUUGUUAUCAGAAGACACCUUACAAGCUAUAUGCCCAAUACUCCUAUAUCAAAAAUUGGCUAAUACUUCUAUAGAACAGUACGGCUGCGUUAAAGAAUCAAACUUACCAAGCAGACGAAUACCGUCCAUAUCAAAUGAAAAAGAGAGCGCCUAUAAUAAAAAUAUGCUAGCAGUUUGGUUAUACUCGGGUUUAAGUAUAGCUGUAAUAAGCGCCUGUGGUCUAUUAGGAGUAGCAGUUAUACCUAUUAUGCAUAAGACUUAUUAUAAUCACCUUCUACAGUUUUUGGUUGCAUUAGCUGUUGGCACACUAUGCGGUGACGCUUUGUUACAUUUAAUGCCUCACGCUAUGAGUCCUUUAGAAGAUAACCAUGAUCAUGGUCAUGGAACAGCUGUAGAACUGAGAGCGUCUCACGAUGAUGGUAUGUGGAAGGGACUGGCAGCUAUGCUUGGGGUAGUUUUCUUUUAUUUUACUGAAAAGGGUCUUACUGUCAUUGUCGAAUGGAGGAAGAGGCGUCAAAAGCUUGAAGAUGAUAAAUUGCCUUCAAGGGUCCGCGUGCUCAAGGACGAAACUGCUGGCGGAUGUUCGGGAGGCUCAAAAGCACCUAUUACGAAUUCCACGUCAAAUUCCUUUAUGAAAAUAUUUAAGAGAGAAGACAAAGGCGAUCCAACUACAAAGACUUGCAAGCACAAGUAUUCGGAAUAUCCAUAUUGCUAUGACGAAAUCGACACCGAUACCCAUGACGAUCACCAUUUAAGGGACGGUCAAAUCCCACCUAGUCCGAAAGCGAAACAUAAUAACUCUGUCAGCGUUGUGUCAUCGAAUGCACUCAAUCCUGAUGCGAAAGAGAAUGAACCAACGGCGAAAGACUGGCUCUUGAAACCCGAGACGACACCGGCUGUAGUCGAAAUGAACAAUAUUAAACACAAAGAAGACGGAGGGAAGGACUUGAAGGACGGUGACAGCUACACAGUCAUACUCAGAGAGCAUUCUCGUGCUCACCAUGGUCAUUCGCACGCACACGGACACGUCCAUGCGCCUCCUUCCUCCAUGUCGUCUGUGGCCUGGAUGGUUAUUAUGGGAGAUGGACUGCAUAAUUUCACCGAUGGGAUGGCCAUAGGUGCUGCUUUCGCUUCGAACUUGGCUGGUGGUUUUUCUACUGCCAUUGCUGUGUUAUGUCAUGAACUGCCACAUGAAUUAGGUGAUUUUGCGGUGCUCCUCAAAGCGGGUAUGUCGGUGAAGCGUGCUAUUUGCUACAACGUGUUGUCUUCGGCGUUGUGUUUGGCGGGUAUGGUGUGCGGGGUGCUUGCGGGCCACGCGCCCUCCGCUACGAGGUGGUUGUUCGCCGCCGCCGCUGGAAUGUUCCUGUACAUCGCCCUCGUGGAUAUGAUGCCUGAGCUCAGUACGUCACACAGCAAGGAAGGAACUCUUUGCCAGUGCAUCCUACAACUUAUGGGCCUCGCUUCUGGCAUUGGUAUCAUGCUGGUUAUUGCCCUCUAUGAGCACGACCUCAAGAACUUAUUUGGAUAAACCCAGUGUGAAGUGAUGUGAAAAUUGGUGCCAACAUACUAAAAGUUACAAAACGAGUGAACGAAUAGGUUUAUUAAAAUAACCAGUGAUAAAAGAGUUUUAGAGUUAAACUAAUUUGUAAGUGAACCAAGUGUACGUACCUAAAGUGAACUUUGUAUGAUAAAUUACAAAUUUGUAUCAUUCCUGAGGUCAAUUGAUCUUGUGUGGAUUGACUUUGUGCGAAUGUGAGUAAAGGUUUUCCUUUUUUUUGUUUAAUAUAUGAAAUUACCACAAAGUACUUAUGCCUCAAUAUCUACUUAAGUUUUUAUUAUGACAAACUUAAUUGUACCUUAUGCAUCUAACAUAAACCUGAUAUUCCAUAGCAUUGUAUUUAAUGUUUCAAUAUGCUACUUUAAGUAUAAAUUACUGGAUGUCUCACAAUACUACAUGCAUGAGCAUUAUUAUUACAGUUUUAAAACCAUAUCAUUGUAAAUUAACAUAUAAAUGGUAGGUUAUUGGAAUGAGACUGUAUGACCAAAUCUGUAAUAAGUUAACUAUUGUAAGUUGUCAUAAAGUCCAAUUUGGAAAGAUGGAAAAAAUAUAUUGAGGUCUCAUUGCUUACAUAUAACUGCUCACUAGUAUUUAUGUUAUGAACUAAUCAGUUCUUGUUUAUUAAUAUUAAUAACCAAUACCUUUGAAAUCUAAUGUUAACAGUGUUUGAAAAUGAAAUGUCUUUGAUAAUUGAUUUAAGUUGUGAAUUUGAAUACUGUCAAUUCAACUUUUAGUUAUAUGUAGCAGAAAAUAAUUGUAUUUAAUGAAUUUAUGAAUUAAUGCCUGUUCUUUAGUAUAUAUCAUCCAAUGGUAAUAUUUUAAUUUAGAUGCAAUGAAAUAAAUAUACACAUUUUUCGAAAUUUUACUAUUGUCGUUAGAUACAAUAAUAUAACAAAUUAAGUGUAUGUAUCCGAGAUUCUUAAUACAUAUGUAUACCAUUUGUAUGUUUUAAAAAUUACAUAAUAAAUAAUUAUAACAC